UGUGGUUACUCACAGAUAUUUCCGAUCUCCUUGUUUCCAACAGGUAAGGACAGCUUGGUUCUUGUGAAAUUGUUAAAAAAGGAGUACAAAAGACGCUCGCAGCUAAGACCACUUCUAUGGGAUAGCACCAUCCAGUUACCCAUAGAACAAGUCUACACAAGACUGAAAAUCGUUUCAAGAGGAAAAUUAGCUAUCCAGAUGGAAGACGACGAUGUGAAUGUGUUUGACAUCUUCAAAGUUCCUGAUAUAGGGGAGCAUGUUAUGACGAUAGUAGAGGGAAGUCCAGGAAUCGGUAAAACUACGUUUUGCCUCAAACUCGCUUAUGACUGGGCUUAUGGAAAUAUCCCAUCGGAGUGCUCCUUUCGCAAAUUUGAAUUUGUGUUUCUUCUCAAAUGUCGUGACAUUGAUGGAGAUAUAAUGGAAGCUAUCGGUGAACAACUUUUGCCCAGAAAUAUGGAUAUGGAGAAGUCUGUGGAGAAGCUAUUGCACUUCAUGAAGGACAUUCGUAACCAGGAGAGAGUGAUUUUAAUCAUUUUAGAUGGAUUGGAUGAGCUACCUGAAAAAUCACGGCACCAUGUAGAUGAGCUGCUUCAUAGAAGAAUUUUACCAUUUUGCUUUGUCUUGGCUACGACACGACAAGAAAGAGGAAUCGAAGUACGAAAAAGUGUUGUUUUUGACAUUCACUUAGAAAUCAAAGGGUACACAGAAAGUGAUUAUAUUGCGUACGUCAGAAGACACUUUGAGACCAUUGGUCAGUCACCAAGGGGGGAGAGGCUCGUUGAGGAAAUCCAACGAAACACCUUUUUACAUGCACUUCGUAGUAACCCGCUAAAUUUACUUCUCCUUUGUGUUGUUUAUGAGGACUACGAGGGAAAAUUGCCGACUUCCCGGACGGAACUUUACCAAGUCAUUGUGCAAUGUCUUCUGAGGCGAUACUGCGCCAAACGCAACUGGCCGGCUCCUGAAGAUGACAGUGUCCUAGAGAAAAUGUUUGAAAAGGAAAUUCUUGCACUCGGAGAGCUAGCCUGGUUAUGCCUGUUGAGUGAUCGUUAUGGCUUCCGUGAAACUGAAUUGGAUGAGUUUAAACGAAGAUACCCGGGAUUGGUAGCUCGUGAGCUAGGCCUUCUUUACAAGGAAGAAAGUCUAAAGAGAUUAAAGCCUCAACAUGAGUACUACUUUCUUCACAAGACCUUCCAAGAGUACCUUGCUGCCGCCCUUAUCGCUCACAAGUUGCGAGGAAACCAGUUAAGGUUGUUUGAGCGUCUUAGUUUUCAUGAACUUGUGAAAAAGUAUCGAGAAGUGUUUCUUUUUGUUUCCGGUAUACUUGGGAGAGAUGCAAACAUUCUAUUCACUCAGAUUGGUGAGGAGCUGAAGAACUGGGGAGAAUGGGACUGGGGCUGGUGCACACAGUCUGGAGUAGUGACGAUGUAUGACCGAGAGAGGGAAGAGAACUGGGAUCACCGGGACAGCGAUGUCCAAGGCUGGGAGGCAGCAACUUUCUUUACGAAAAGCUUCAGUGAAAGUGGACACAAUGAGCAAAUGGCAGAGACUCUUUGUUCCUACAUACCCUUUCCACCGCACGUAAUGAUUGACCUUGAGCCAUCAUUUGACGGACACUUGGCUGACAAUAUCUAUCACGUUUUAGAGGCCUGCAAAAACUUUUCAAAAUUGCAUAAGCCAGUUCAGCUUACUGUCCAUGAUUCAUUAUUUGGUCGGUACCUUAGCUAUCAGGACGUUGCCAAACGGAUACAAUCCUGCUCGCAGCUUGAGACUCUAAGCAUUUUCACCCCUUCUAUGACAUCAGACCUAGCCAACGCCCUACACAACGGCUUAUCUGGAAACACGACUUUAUCAGAGUUUACUCUAGAAGUAUGUGGCAGUAUUUCUUGUGACGCAGCUGCCGUCAUCGGUGAAUGGUUAGCGGGGCGUAAAUCCUUGAAGAACGUAACGUUUCUACUUCGUAGGGCGAAAAGUGAUGCGUGGGCCAGUGCUAUUGAAACUGGAUUGUCUGCUGACACUCUUUUGUCGUCUGUGGAGCUCUCCGUUUGUGGGUCGUUGAGUGAUACUUCGAUCCUUGCGUUAGGAAAGCUUACAUUAAAUGGAGCUUUGACCAGGCUUUCUCUCAACAUUUCAGGCGAUAUGCAAACUUUGAUCGCUAAUGUUAUCAGUAGAGGAAUUGCACUACAAACCACAUUAAAGUCGUUCAGUCUUAACAUUGAUGGCAACCUUAGUAGUUUUGGUGCUGAUAGCCUGAAAAGAGGCCUUCUGGAAAAUUGUUCCCUAAAUAAUUUGAGAGUGUCUGUCCAUGGAAAGGUUCCGAGCAACUGGCAGACGUUUCUGGAAACUAUUCGUUUGGCAAAGAAGUUAUCUGUUACUCUUAAUUUUUACCCAGAUUCUUGCAGCGGAAUAACACAUAAUCAACUGGAUAAUUUUUGUCCUGGACCAGAUGUGGUUGAGAAAGGUUUACAGACAAAACAGGAUUUAACUGUGGUCAUUUGGGGUGAGCUGAGUUGUGAUGCGGCAGAAGCUCUGUCUGAGGUCUUGGUACGUGCUUCCCUAACAAGCUUGGCGUUAAAGAUGCACGGAAGAGUAACUGAUAAUGUUGCUUAUUGCAUUGAAAGAUAUGUCAGACGACACAAGACACUGCUCUCCCUGACAAUUGACGUUUGGGGGGAAUUGGCACCGGGAACACGUACUUUUCUUCAGGGGCUAGCAAGUACCGACAAAACUGUUGAGGUGAGAGUGCAUGGCGUCUGGGUCGUUUCUGAUGAGUCAUGCAAUGCCCUUGAUGUCUGUAUUGACAGUAUUGAAUCACUUUCACCGGUGUUGUAUAAAAUCAAGGAUACCAGAGAGGAAAAGAUCAAUUUAAAAAUCGUUAACGACGAUGGUGCAAGUAAAGACUGGACACACCUUGUUGGUGAUGCCUUGGCAGAAAACACGACAGUAACCGCGCUCGAUGUUACGAUCAACAACUACAUGACAAACGUGACAGCCGACUUAGGGAAAGAACUUGGGGAGAGUUUGUCGAGAAGCUCUUCACUGACAAUUUUAAAUCUUGCAAUCAACAACUACAGUAAGAUGGCAGAAGGUUGGGAAUGCAGUCUGGUUAAUAGCUUAUCCAAACUGGCUUCAUUAACUACACUCAAUCUUGCAAUUGACGAUAAUGGCGAAGGAAGGACAGCUGGAAAGAAAGGUUUGGUUGACGGUUUGAUGGAAAUGACGUCAUUGUCUACACUUUCCAUUGUAAUCAAUGAUAGAAAUUUGUAUAAUUUCUGGAGUUCCUUUUUGCGAAACUGUUUGGGGAAAAACACUUCACUGGCUCUACUCUGCGUUACAGUUAACAACUAUGACGACAACAUAGAAUAUCCAGAUUAUUCAUUUGAUUACCCAGAAGAGGAGCCUGAUUACUGGUACGAGGGCCUAGCUGAUGGCUUGGCAAGAACUACAUCAUUAAAUGAACUAACUCUGACAAUUAACAACACCACUCUUAUUAAUAAUUGCUGGGUAGAAAGUGUCUGUAAAGGAUUUUCAGAAAACGAGUCAGUGACUACUCUUACUGUGACAGUCAGCGGCGAUUCCCUUUUCCCAGACUGUGUGAGCUGGGUCCCCGAACUGAAUAACGGUUUGUCAAAAAACAAUUCAUUAACUACGCUCACUCUUGUAGCAAACGAUUACUCGGAAGGUGAAGUGCGUGAAGUUAGGGAUUUCUGGGAUGAUGAAAUGUGUUCUCUUGAAAACACAUCGUUAACAACGCUUAAUCUGACAUUCAACAUCUGCACAGAAGUCAGUGAAGAUUGGUUACCAAAACUGUUUGACUGUUUAGUGAAUAGUCCCUCGUUGACAACACUUAGGUUGGACGUUAACAACCAUUGCGCUACAAAUGAAAGUCGCUUAUAUGACUUAAGUAAACUUCGUUUGAAAUACAGAUCACUAUCGUCAUUUGAACUCACUGUGACUUUCUAUGGAGAGUACACAAGUCCAGUGCCAAACGUGUCCUGA